AUGAAAUAUCUCUGGGCGUUUCUGCUGCCCCUACUUCGUGCUGAAGAUGAUCCGAAGCAAUACCCUGUGACGAAGGUGGUGAAUCUUCUCAAGGACAUGCAGAAGAAGCUGGAAGUAGAGGCGGAAGAAGAUGAGGAAGUGGACGAGAAGAUGAAGUGCUGGUGCAAGGACACCGAGCAAUCCAAAGCUGAGAGCAUUGCGGGCACCGAGUCGCAGCUCACCAGCUUGGGCGCGCUCAUUGAGACCUCGGCCGCCGAGGCGGUGCGCCUCUCCUCGGAGAUCGGCGGCCACGAGGGAGAUUUAGCCUCGAGCCAAAACUCCUUGAGUGCUGCAGAGGCCCAGCGGAAGAAGCAGCAGGAGACUUUUGCUGAAGAGGAAAAGCAGAUCGAGGAGUCCCUCACUGGGGUGGAUGCCGCACUGGACCACUUGCAGCCGACCUCCUUCUUGGCCACCGCUGCCACGGGAGCGACGAAGGACGAGGCCUUGCGGCUGAUCGAUGAGCUGCAGCGGAAGCACUCCAGGCUCUUGAGAGGGUCUGUGCCCCACCGACGGACGUUGAUGCUGGCUGCGGGAGACGCACGUUUGGAUGUGGACACCACGCCUGCAACAGGAGAAGUUGUGGGCAUCCUGUCGUCGAUGAAGGACACGAUGGCCACCAACCUCAACCAAACGCGCAGUGAGGAGCUGGAAAGCGCAGAGACCUUCAAUGGCCUCAGGAAGGCCAAGCUUACAGAGAUUCAGGCCACAGAGGAGGCGAUCCUCUCGAAAAAGCAACAAAAGGCCAAGGCCGACACCACGGAAGUUCGCGCCAAGAAGGACUUGGAGGACGCGCAGGCCAGCUUGCUUGUGGACAAGCAGUUUCUGGAGGAUGCCAAGGUGAAGUGCGAGGCCCAUGCGGCGGAAUACGCCGAGAGGGUCAAGGUCCGAAACGAGGAGCUGGUCGGCUGCUCGAAGGCCGCGGCGAUCUUGAGCGACGAUUCGGCCAGAGACACCUUCAGUCGGACCUUCAACGCCGCCUUUCUGCAGCUGGGCCGGGCCAAUCGGACGCAGGCGGAGCAGGCGGCCGCGGUGUUGGCGAAGGCGGCCGCCAAGAGCCAUGAUGCCAGGUUGGUGGCAGUCUCCCACAUGGUCCGCACCGAUGCCUUUGACCAGGUCAAGCAGGAGAUUGAUUCCAUGGUGCGUCAGUUGAAGAAGGUGCAACAGGAGGAGGUUUCCUCCAAAGACUCCUGCGUGCAGCGAUUGCAUGAGAACAGCUUGGACACCACCAAGUCGAGCAACAGCAAAGCGCAGAUGGACAGCAAGGUCUCGGGCCUUCAGGAUUUGGUGUCCCAGACCAAUCACAGCAUCAAAACCUUGAAACUGGAGAUUGAAGAACUGAAGUCGGAGAUGAAGACCGCCAAGACAGAUAUGGAGUUGCGGCAGAAUGAGUCCUCAGAAAUCAUCAAGGACCAAAAGCACACGCAAGAGCUUUUGAGCCGAGCCCUGGAAGUCCUUGGCAAUGUGUAUGGGCAAAGCCUGCUCCAAGAGGCUGGGCCAGAUGCUGGCUCUUCAGCUGUGAUGCUGCUCCUGCAGCAAAUCAUCGGCGAUGCGAAAGUGCUGCAAGCUAAAGCUGAAACAGACUUCGAAGCAGCAGUGAAGGACUACAAGCAGUUCAAGGAUGAUGCCACAGUGGCUAUCACCACCAAGGAACAGAGCCUGGUGGAUUUGGGCGUCGAAAAGUCUGAAAGCAAAGCAGACCUCCUGGAAGCCCAUGCGGAGGCCACUGAGCUUGAGAAGGAGUUGGCCUCCUUGGGAGAGACCAAAGCUGCACUCAGGGAGGAGUGCGACUUGCUCAUGAACAAGUUUGACCUCCGGCAAGAAGCGCGGGAACAGGAGAUCGACGCCUUGGUGACGGCCAAGUCGAUCCUCAGUGGCAUGAAAGUCGAGUAG